CUCCAUUGGACAGCCGUUCCGCCGAUUACUGCCGUCUCCUUGUUGGGCCAGCAAUACAAGAUGCAUCCAUGGAUCUUGCAGUAUGCUGUUCGCGUGCUCGAACACUUCCCGGUCGAACACGUAUUCUUCUAUAUUCCUCAAAUGGUGCAAGCGCUGCGUUAUGAUACCGUUGGUUACAUUGAACACUUCAUCCUAUCGGCAGCGAGGACAUCUCAGCUUUUCGCGCAUCAAAUCAUUUGGAACAUGAACGCGAACAUGUAUAAGUUCGACAAAGAAGGACAAGCCGAUGCUCCCGAUUCGCUCAAACCAACCCUCGAGAGAGUGCAAUCUAAAAUCAUUGCCAGUCUAUCGGGCAACGACAAGAACUUCUUCGAGAGGGAGAUCUCUUUCUUCAGUGAGGUCACUGGAAUCUCCGGGAAACUCAAACCGCUGGUUGAACGAGGGGCCACGAAAGCCGAAAAGAAGGCCAAGAUCGAUGAAGAGAUGGACAAGGUGAAGGUGGACGUUGGCGUGUACCUGCCUACCAACCCGGAAGGCAUCAUUCUGGACAUCGACAAGAAGUCCGGAAGACCGCUGCAAAGUCACGCGAAGGCGCCGUUCAUGGCGACGUUUCAGGUCGCCAAUACUUCUAACGACAACGGUGCUAGCAAGGAGCUGACGCCUGCUGCUACCCGGUGGAUGUCCGCCAUCUUCAAAGUUGGAGAUGAUUGUCGACAAGAUGUCCUGGCGCUCCAGUUGAUCAGCAUUUUCAAGAGUAUCUUCAGCAAGUCGGGGUUGGACCUUUACGUGUUCCCAUACCGUGUGGUCGCAACUGCCCCAGGGUGCGGGGUCAUUGAGGUGAUUCCGAAGUCCGUUUCCCGUGACAUGAUGGGACGCGAGCAAGUGAACAGUCUUUAUGAGUGGUUCAUCCGUUCCUUUGGCAAAGAGGACUCGGUGAGCUUCCGUCAAGCCCAGACCGAGUUCAUCAAGAGUUUGGCAGCAUAUUCCGUCAUCAUGUUCCUGCUACAAUUCAAAGACCGUCACAAUGGGAAUAUUAUGUUCGACGAUGACGGUCAUGUGGUUCAUAUCGAUUUUGGCUUCAUGCUGUCUAUUGCUCCUGGAGGCGGUAUUCUGGAGCCUGCACCUUUCAAGCUCACCCACGAAAUGGUACAAGUGCUGGGUGGCGAUGCCCAUACGCCCAAGUACCGCCUAUUCUCCCAAUUGGUGGUGAAAGCGUAUCUGGCUUGCAGGCCGUACGCAGAGGAGAUUGUCCAAAUGGUAUCCCUCAUGAUGGAUUCAGGACUCCCUUGCUUCAGAGGGGAUAUGACCAUUCGGAAGCUGCGCGAGCGAUUCUUGCCGGGCAAAACCGAGCGACAAGCUGCCGACUUCAUGGUCUCUUGCAUUCGUACAUCCCACGAGAACACGCGAAGCGGCCUCUACGAUCGCUUCCAGUACAUCCAAAACGGAAUCCCGUACUAG